AUGCCUACCAACUGGAACGACAUCAAGGUCAUUGAAGGUGUCCUUGUCGCAUACCUUGCUGCCAAUGACAACAAGAUCGACAUUAAAGAAGUCGCGCGGUUAUAUGGCAAAGGUAUGACGUUCGAUGCCCUCGAAUGUCAUCUCAGAGCCUGGAAGAAACAGGCUAGAGAGCUCAAGGCUGCAGCUGUAGACAACAUUGUCCCUACUCCCAAGAAGCCGCGUGUCAAGAAUAGCAGCAGCCCUACCAAGAAGACUGGUAGUAGCAGCCCGACCAAGAAGACCGAUAAGGUCCAAACCGGUCGAGUGAAUAAGAUCAAGCCAGUUGGAAGUGGCAAGUUCAAGACGGAGGAUCUCAGCGAUAACAUCGAUGUCGAGAUCGAUUUCGAAGAUGAUUUUGAGUGCAUCUAG